AUGGUAUCUUUCUCAUGUGAGGAGUGUGGUGACGUCCUCACCAAGAAGAAGCUCGAUCCUCAUCGAAACCGCUGCCGUAGCGCCACCUUCACCUGCAUCGAUUGUAUGGUGCAUUUCCCCGGCGUCCAAUACCGAUUCCAUACUAGUUGCAUGACCGAAGACCAGAAGUACCAAGGUGCUCUCUACAAGGACAAGUCGAAGAAGCCGAACAACAACAACAGCAACAACAACACCCCCAAGUACAACCACACCGCCACCAACAACAACGCCAACAAUAACGCCAACAACAACAACGACGACAUGGCUCACAACGCUUACGUCGAGGAUUGCGGCGAAGACCGCGAGUACGACUGGGCCGAGUACGAAGGCCCGACCGAGGAUGAGAAGUCUCCCUCUGAGCCUCCGCCAGAGGCACCCACUCCGCCUUCCGCCCACGAAGAUCAUGUUGAUGUCUUUGAGUUCCUGGUAGCGACUGGACAGACCCCGAAUGCGUCCAACAUGAACCUCACUGGCGAACAUGGACUACCAGAUGCCGAGCAUGGCAGCACUCUCGUACGAUAUGAGCCCCCCAAGGAGGCCCUCCUGGAUCCUCUCGACCCCAACUCCUACAUUGAUGAGGAUGCUCUCGUACAAUAUGGAGCUGCUCCUGUGCCCAGCGCUGAGUUCGUCACCCCGGCCCCAAAACACGUGCGACGCAAAAGCCGAGAGGGCAGCGAGAAGAAGGACAAGAAGCGCAAGCGUCUACACGUCGAUGUCCCCACUGACCAGGAGAUGACCGACGCUCCCCCACACUUGCACACUGGCCUUACUGGUGGCCUCAACCGCAUGAUGCGCCCCAUCUUCCCCCCGUCCCCCGACUACUCCGGAGGUGACGCCCCCGAAGUCUCUCCCGCGAGCCCGUUGAAGAAGUCGAAGCACACAAAGCACUCCAAGCAUGCGAAGCAAGGCCAAGUUACCAACAGCAUCUUUGGCAUGAUUGCGGGGACGAAGACGAAGACCAAGGUCAAGACCAAGAGUAGCAAGACCAAGAAGCCCAAGUCGUCGUCGUCGUCGUCGAAGAAGCACAAGGAGAAGACCCCGCAGCUCAUCGAGUACCGACCUCAUUCUAAGGACGGCAAGGCUGAGAAGGACGAGGCGAGAGAGAGCCAGGUGAUUCUCUACAAGCCUCGUGCAGACAUGUUCCUCAGCUUUGUCACCAAGGGACCCGAGAGUGAGCGUGGGUGCAGCAUGAACAAGGUGCUGAAGCGCUUCCACCGAGAGCGCCAAGCGAGUGGCGCCGAAACGGGCAAGGGCAUGGAAGAGAAGGAACUCUGGCGAUCGCUUCGACUACGCCAGAACGAGCGGGGUGAGAUCGUCUUGUUUUCUGUGUAA